AUGGGAAAUUCGUAAUUAACGGAUCAAUAGAUUCUUUUAUAUAAGAAUGAAACAUAAUGUACAUCAUCUAUUACAAUAGUAAAGUUACUCCAGCGUAAAUAAGAAGAAUACACAAGAAAUUCUAACAGCUUGACUCUAACAAUAAAGGAUUUGUAAGUGCAACAGAUUUCAUUAAAAUUAUUCAACAUCAUAAAUAUAGUCCAUGAUUAAUUUAAUAGUUAAUAGGAAGGAAAUAACAAGAAAUAGAUUUUAUUUCAUUAGUCAGAUUACUAAAUGCCAUUUAAUUUGGAGAUAAAAAUAUUUUGUUGA